AUGACCCUCACCAUCGUUCUCCAGCAAGCUAGACGUGGCGCCGCCAAGAAGGUGACGAUCGCCACGUUCACAACCACGUUCGGCCGCCAGUUCUCCUCCUUCCGCCCCCAGUACAAGCAGGAGGAACUCGAGAACUUGAGCAAGGUCUACAACUCUGCCGAGGAGGCCGUCAAGGAUAUCCCCUCUGGAUCGACAUUGAUGGUCGGUGGAUUCGGCUUGUGCGGUAUUCCCGAGAACUUGAUCGGAGCCCUCAAGAACCGCGCUGCGGACUGCAAGGACCUGACGGUUGUUUCUAACAAUGCUGGUGUCGAUGAUUUUGGAUUGGGACAGUUGUUGCGUACCAAGCAGAUCAAGCGCAUGAUCAGCAGUUAUGUGGGCGAGAACAAGGAGUUUGAGCGUCAGUACCUGUCGGGCGAGCUGGAGGUCGAGUUGACCCCCCAGGGCACCUUGGCCGAGCGUGUCCGUGCAGGUGGUGCAGGCAUCCCCGCCUUCUUCACCCCCACCGCCUACGGCACUGAAGUCCAGACUGGAGAGCUCGCGAUCAAGUACGACUCGGAGGGCAAGGUGUUGAUCCGCAGCAAGCCCCGCGAGGUGCGCGAGUUCAACGGACGCAAGUACAUCAUGGAGGAGGCCAUCACAGGAGACUACUCGCUCGUCAAGGCCUGGAAGGGUGAUGCCUACGGAAACCUGGUCUUCAAGGGCUCCGCCAUGAACUUUAACCCCGUCAUGGCCAAGGGAUCCAAGAACACCAUUGCUGAAGUCGAGGAGAUUGUCCCCGUCGGUUCCCUUCGUCCUGAGGAUAUUCACUUGCCUGGAAUCUUUGUCAAGAGGAUCAUCCAGGGUAAGGGCUACGAGAAGCGCAUUGAGCGUUUGACUCUUACCGAGGAGAAGCCUGCGGCUGUUGAGACUUCUGAUGCCGUCGAUGCUAAGGAUGAGGCAGCUCGUCGUCGUGAGAAGAUUGUUCGUCGGGCGGCCAAGGAGUUCAAGAAUGGAAUGUAUGUCAACUUGGGUAUUGGUAUGCCCAUGUUGGCCUCCAACUACCUCAAGAAGGGCGUCAACGUCCACUUGCAGUCCGAGAACGGUAUCUUGGGAUUCGGACCCUUCCCCAAGCCCGGUGAGCAGGACCCCGAUCUGAUCAACGCCGGCAAGGAGACCAUUACCUUGUUGCCUGGAGCUUCCCUUUUCUCGAGCGACGACUCGUUCGCCAUGAUCCGUGGUUCCCACGUUGACUUGACUAUCCUCGGAGCCCUCCAGGUCUCGGCCAAGGGUGACCUCGCCAACUGGAUCAUCCCCCGCAAGAUGGUCAAGGGUAUGGGAGGAGCUAUGGACUUGGUUGCCAGCCCCGGUACCCGAGUUGUUGUGACGAUGGAGCAUCUCGCCAAGGGAGGCAAGCACAAGAUUCUUCAGGACUGCUCUUUGCCCUUGACGGGUGUUGGAUGUGUGGACAGGAUCAUUACAGACCUGUGUGUGUUUGAUGUCAAGGAUGGAGGCCUUGUGUUGACAGAGUUGAUGGAGGAUGUUUCUCUGGACGAUGUCAAGCGCGGUACCGGAGCUGUCUUCAAGGUCUCCCCUGACCUCAUCCAAAACUAA